AGUAUUCGAAUUUUUAAAUUUGUCAGAUGUAUAGUUUGUGUUUUAUUCCAAUAUAAUAUCACUUAUUUCAAUUCGAUGUUAGAGGGUUACAUUACCUAUUAAGGAUUAUCAGAGUUACUAUGGACGAAGAUGAUAAAACCAGUACUUUCUUAAGUGUCUUGAGCACCUUCUCAAGUAAUCUUUUCGAUCAAUUGUUUAUCUUUAAUCCUGGUAAGAAUCUCAUAUGCUCACCUCUCGCCAUACACACCUGCUUGGGAAUGUUGCGCUUGGGCGCUAAGGAAGGGUCUACGACUGCUCAGGAGUUAGACAGUAGAGUUGGAUUUACCUCUAGUCAUGAAGCGGAGAUAGCCGAGGAUUUUCAUAAUACUUUGAACUCUUAUCAGGAGGCCAGCGUGCUGCACAUGGCCUACAAAAUGUACCUAAUGCACAACUAUGAGAUACGUGGGGAAUUUCACAAUAUACUGACUGAGAAAUUCCAUUCGGAGCCCGGUAUUAUUAAUUUCUCUGAGAACAUAGAUGCUGCAAACACCAUAAACGAGUGGGUUGACACAAAGAUGAAUCAUCUAAUAAAGGAUGAAGUCAGUCCGGAAAUCUUUGACGACAGCACCCGCAUGGUUCUCAUCAGUGCGGCUCACUUCAAGGCCGAGUGGAAUAUACGAUUCGAGCCGAAGGCAACACGCAGAGAAUUUUUCCACACGGAUAACCAGAACAAAUACAAAGUACACAUGAUGAAUGUUUUUCAUGAAUACUACUACGCGGAAUUGAAUGACCUCGAUGCGAAAGUCCUGCGUUUGACCUUUAGAAAUACAGAACUACAAAUGCUGAUCAUUUUGCCCAACCAGAAAAUGGGUCUGAAGAAUUUAUUGGGAAUGUUAACCAGAAAACCUUUGCAGAAUAUUAUUGCAGUGCUCACCCUAAGGCGAGUCAAUUUAAAAUUGCCAAAAUUUUCGACGGAAUUCGAACAGGAAUUGACGCCCAUUUUCAUAGAGUUAGGAGUCAAAAGGGUUUUUAUCGACAAAGCCGAACUUGGCCAAAUGUUGGAAACGGAUCAAGUGCUAAAAGUCUCUAAAAUUCUCCACAAAGCAUGCAUCGAGUUCAACGAAGAGGGAAACGAGGUCGAGCCCUUGGGCGAACCGAUUGUACAGAUGGUCAGGGGCAAACCACGAUAUCCGCCCCCGCCCGUCAACUUUUUUGCGGAUCAUCCCUUCUAUUAUGCCAUCUAUGACGAAAACCAUGGUCCACUUCUCGUAGGCGGCCUCCAAGCACCAGCGCCUGCCGGUUGUAUUGAUAAUCCAAAGAAGCCCUGCUCUUGCGAGAGAUGAGCUUAGAAAUCCUAUAGGGAGAACUAUACCGAACUAUAACUAUACUAUAUCAUAUCAGUUGAUUCUUAUAGGUGUGUAACCCUAUUAAUAAAGCUCAAAAUUUGUUGAAAUUUAGUGUGAAAUAAACGCAAGUUUUACAAUAACAA